AAUGUGUAUUGCUUUACUUAUACUAACACUGACUUUGGUUAUGCAAUCAUGGUUUACCAACGAGAAGGAUCCGUUACUACUACUGACAGAAUCUAAUCAUUACGCCAUCUACAACUACGAUUUUCCUGCCAUUACCAUAUGUAGCAACAACAAGAUAACAAAAAGAAGAGCUUUAUGGAUUGCCAGGAACUUUACUAACAGCAGUAUAGAGGAAUUUGCUAACGAUCUACGAAGCAUGUUCUAUUUGAUACAAUACAAAAUGCCGAACGCAACAACAAUGCACACGUUGAGAAGGCUUCAAAAAAUAUUUGACCAAAAUAACGUAAGAGCGGACGAAAUUCUACAGAGAUUAACAAGUAGCUGUGACCGUAUUUUAGUUCAAUGUUUAUGGAAAGGUCUGGCUGUUAAAUGUGGGAAUUUGUUUCAACAAAUUAGGACUACGGAGGGAUUUUGUUGUAGUUUUAAUUCGUUUGUGAUGAAGGAAGAAUAUAGAAAGCCACUUCCAGGAAAAAUGCCAUUAGAACCACAAAAAAUAUCGUCGUGUGGCUAUCAAUCAGGUCUUAUCGCGUUAGUUAACAAUGAGCCAGAUGAUUACUUUGCAUCAUUUGUUCCUUCUAUAGGACAAACAAUCAAGGUAACUAACCCUUAUGAUUUUCCUGACUGGAACUUCCAGAAUAUUUUAACUCCCACCAGAGUAGUCAAUCUAAUCGCUAUUGCUCCAGUGAUGACAAUAUCUCCUGAAGACAUCAGAAGUAUACCUAUCAAUAUUCGGGAAUGUAUAUUUCCAGAUGAACGACAGUUGAUCUACUACAGGACCUAUAACUUUCAUAAUUGUCUAGUUGAAUGUAGAAUGAAUAUCACGAGAUACUUGUGCAAUUGUACACCUUUUCAUUUUUUACCAGAAAAUCUAAAUGACACUUCAGUAAAAGUGUGUAACCUUUUGGAUAUACCAUGCCUUGCAAAAAUUGAUGACGCCUAUCCGGGGGAGGACUUCGCUGGGACGGAAUAG